GGCCUUGCUCUCUCCAGUUGGUGUGGUGGCGGAAGCCAGACCGGAAGCAGGCACUCUGUGCAUCCGCUCCAGACCAGGUGCUUCCUGCCCUGCCUGCUCUCAAUAGGGAUGUGACUGCUGAGAACACAAGCAGAGCAGGCGGCUGCCCAGACGCCCAGUGAAGAGGCUCUGUCCCCUUCCUCUGGAGCAGAGGGUUAGUAAUGCUGAGAGGAGAGCAGGGGCAUAAGCACACUUCAGCCGCUACGAAGGGAGGCAGUUCACCAAAUACAUGGGGCAGGCCUGUUAUACUACAUAGAGCUCAGCUCCUCUUGGAAGCCUUUUUUUUUUUUUUUUUUUUUUUUUAACUCAAGAGACAGGGUUUCUCAGUGUAGCUCUGGCUGUCCUGGAACUCUCCGUAGACCAGGCUGGCCUCUGCCUCCCAAAUGCUGGAACUAAAGGCAUGAGCCAACAUUCCUGGUCUUGGGAGCUUUCUGUGGGGUUUCCAGGACUUUGUUGUUGUUAAGAUUUAUGUACUUUUAUGUAUAUAAUUUUUCCCUGCAUGCAUGGAUGUAUGUGCACCAUGUGCUUCUCUGGUACCCUCAGAGUUAAGAGGGUGUCAGAUCCCCUAGAACUGGAGGGAGCUAGGAAUGACGAUUGUGAGCAACAUGUGGCUCUUAGUAACAGAACCUGAGUCCUCUGCAGGACCAGCAAGUGCUCUCAACCACUGAGCCAGCUCUCCAGCCCCCAGGGUUCCAGAAUUCAAAAUAUCACUCCAGAAUACCUGCCAGCAAGGGACAGCACCCCAUUGUGUGGCCUGCCUGGCAUCUCUUUUUUUUUUUUUUUUUUUUUUUUUUUUUGCAUUGGUGUUUUGCCAUGUAUGUCCAUGUGAGGAUGAUCUUGGAGUUACAAACAGUUGUGAGCUGGCAUGUGGGUGCUAGGACUUGAACCCAGUUGCUCUGGAAGAGCAGUCAGUGCUCUUAACCACUGAGCCAUCACUCCAGCCCCCUGCCUGGCAUCUUAGGGGGCCUUGGAGCAGCUCUGGGAAACAACUCUUGACACUCUGGAUUCCACCCCCCUGAACUUGGGAAAUAACCUUGGAAAUGCCACAGGGUUCAGGACACCGAAGGACCACAUCGCCAGAACUAUCUCCUGGAGCCCUAUUCCUGGGUGUGUGGGGGGUAGGGAAGUCCGCAGGGGAUGUGUAAAAAAGAGGAACUAGGCUGGAGGCUGGGGCCCUUGGGUCAUGGGGCCUCAGAGGACCGGAAAGGGGCCCCUUCCACCCCCCUCAGCACAGGCACUAGGCAGGGGGUGGGGUUCAAAGCCAGAAUAACCGCAGAGGACACCAGAGGCAGCCUUGCCUCAUUUCCUCUUUGCAUGAAGAGUUCGGUUCCAGGGUCUCCUGAGGGCUAGGGUCUUCCAUUGCCUAGGGGAGCAAGCAGCAAGCCCUGGGGGGGGGACUGCCAGUACUGGCCACCGUGGGCCAAAGGGUGCGCGCUCCCGUGAUCCCUGCCUGCUGGUUUCCUCCGGGGUCAGUGCAGCUCCUUAUCAGGCGCGGCCAGGCAGUCAGACCCUUAUCUGCACGGGCCCAGCAUCCUCUGGCCUCUGCGCCAGGGGGUAAGAGGGAGGAAGCCAGGCUGUCGGGGGUGGGGAAAAGGCGGGUCGGUCCAGGAGCCGCUCACUUUCUCUUGAGGUUACCCACUACGCCGCCGCCGCCUCCGAGACUCGCUCAGGCCCUCCGGAGCCCGGGAGGUGGCGCAGCCCAGCUCUGAGGCCCAACGGGACCACCUGGGGCACACUGACCGGACUGGACAGUGGAAACCGCCUCCUGGCCUGGAUUGACAGCCCUGACCACACAGCACUCCAGACUGCGACAACUGCUACAGGGUUAGCAUUCCAUCCUUGGGGUCCAUGUGCCCACCCCAGGCCCAGGCAGAGGUGGGUUCCGCCAUGACUGAGAAAGUUGAGAUGGUGCACGCCUCCAGCCCUGCGCCUGCACCUCCCCCUAAGCCCGCCUCACCUGGGCCCCUUCCGGCGGAGGUGGACCACCGAAACCCGGCAUGCCCCCCCUGGUUGCCUCCAGGUGUGCCAGUGAUAAACCUGGGUCAUACCAGGCCCACAGGGGCAGCCAUGCCCACCACAGAGCUGAGUGCUCUUCGGCCCUCCUUGCUGCAGUUAGCUGCCUUGGGAGCAGCUCCACCCACCCUGGCCCUGCAUUACCACCCCCACCCCUUCCUCAACAGCGUCUACAUUGGGCCAGCAGGACCCUUCAGCAUCUUCCCUCACAGCCGGCUGAAGCGAAGACCAAGCCACGGAGAGCUGGACUUGGCUGAGGGGCACCAACCCCAGAAGGUGGCUCGUCGCGUGUUCACCAACAGCCGAGAGCGCUGGCGGCAACAGCAUGUUAACGGCGCCUUCGCGGAGCUCAGGAAGCUGCUGCCCACCCACCCGCCCGACCGGAAGCUGAGCAAGAACGAGGUGCUGCGUCUGGCCAUGAAGUAUAUCGGCUUCCUGGUGCGGCUGCUGCGAGACCAGGCGGCUGUGCUCGCCUCGGGCCCCAGCGCUCCCGAGCCCCGCAAGCCACCUGCGCACCGGGGAGUAGAGAGCGGUGCGCGCUGCGGGGCCCGACACAGGGUGGAGGCUGCGUGCUCGCAGCCCGUGCUUCCUGGGGACUGCGACGGCAACCCCAAUGGGUCGGUGCGACCCAUCAAGAUGGAGCAGACAGCCCUUAGUCCUGAGGUGCGGUGACCCAAGGCAGUGGCGCCUCGCCUGCUGCGCUGUGAACUCCCUGUAAAAGGGACUGAGGUCGCCCAGAUGAGGAAACGCCCUGUAGUCCUGGAAGGGUGACCGGUGACUCGGGGGCUCCGCAGACUUUUCAGAAAAAUUUCCCACAGACUACCUGAGGUGGCCUUGCUAGUGUCCUCUUCCCUGGGUCGAGGCCAGAGAACCAACAAAGCAAAGUGACUAUGGGGUCCUUAGGGGUACUGAGAGAGGUAGGGAAGGGUCUGGAAGCCUUCGCAUCGGCGCCCCCUGCUGGAGGCGGGAAGCCCCUGGACGGUGUAUGGAGGGCCCACCCCACCGAGCCCAACUGGUUGCGCUUGAUCCAUGAUCCUGUUAACCGCGUUAUCGAAGACUCAGGCACUCUUGCAUUUGUUUUUCUUUAUUUCUUUAUUUCACAUACACAUUAGCCAUUCAAUGGAGAAGCCGGAGAGAGUCAGGCAAAGAUGGUAUAACAGAAGCGCAGUGACGGGGGUGGGGCGGGGCGGGCGGAGAGGGGACAGACGGGCUGGCUGCCUACUUGCAUUCCGCUAGGACACUGAAAACCCAGAAAACAAAACAGACAGUAAACUACCCUUGUUUCUUAUGUAUCUCAGUGCAGAGACGGGGGGGGGGGGGCAGAGAAGGGAGACCAGGCUGAAAGAGGAGCAGAGGGAAGGGGACGCUAAGGGGGAAGCACACCAAAUCCAUUAGUACUAUAUAUAGAGAUACUCGUAUAUACUGCGUUUCUUAGCCUAAGAAGAAACUUGUUUGACGGGACGGGCGGCCUUUGCGGUCCGCGAUGCUGGUGCUGGUGGGGCGCACGGAUCUCCCAAGAGGGGCCAAAGCGGGGGCUGGCCCCGGCUGGCUUGCGGGGGGGGGCGCCCCAGGGUGGAUGGGGUUGGGGGAGCAGAGGUGGGGCUGGGGUGCCCCUAGGGCUCUCGAUUGGGGGACAAAAGUUCUCAUAACUUUAUUGCUCCUUUAUUUUUCUCUCGUGGGGGGGUCCGUUCAGCACGGUCGGGGUGGGGAAACGGUGGGUCGUCUGAGCCACCCGGCCCCUCUGGGACCCAGAGCGCGGCGUCCGCUCCGCCAGCACGGGGGUGAGAACAAGGCACUAGGUCGGCCGGCCAGCGCGGGGGCGGGUGUGUAAGGCAGUCGACAGGGCUGGUUGCGGGAUAGGGUGGGGAUGUGUGCCGGGCUGUGUGCGUGCGUGCGUGCGUGCGCGGGCCUGGGCAAAUCGACCUGUCAGCGUGGCUGGACCUGUCCUGGAGCAUCGAACCUCCCGGAGGGAGGGGAAGAGCGGUGUUACGUGGGAAGGGGUUGGGGAGGAAACUACCAACUUGCUGAGCGCGCUCCUGAUUAAUGCUGGUGAGGGUCAAGUUGGCGUCUGGCUCAAAGAAGGGCGCUCGGAGUGAGAAGGAAGGGAAAAGGGACGUUUGUUCGUUGGCAUUGACCUCUGCGGGGGAGGGGGCCGGGGACCCCCGCCGCGCCCCAGUGCCCGGAGGGGGAGGGGGCGAGAAAGGGGAAGGGGGCGCCCAGGGAGACCCGCGGCCAGAGCAGCCCAGCCGCGGGGCGCACGCCGCUGUCCCGUUCCGUUAAACUCAACAAAGAAGGGAUAUGCGUGUUCCUAACAAGUGCAGAAUAUUUAAUUGAUUCAUAAACGUAUGUAUAAUAGUUUGUGGGUUUUUUAAAAACGUACUUUAUAAUGUAAUAAGCACCAGGGUUUUUUAUGUUUAAUUAUCUUAAAAAUAAUUUUCUCUCGUCCUUUUCCUUUUGAUCUUGUGUUGGUUUUUUUUAAAUGUCGAGGUGUUUUUGUAAAAUAUAAAAUGUGAACGUUUUCUUCAGCCCUCCCACCGAAACCGAACGACGAAACAAAUUAAAACCCCAGAUUAUCCUCGUCAACGCAGGAAAACGGCAAAAAACCAACCAAUCAAACAAACAAACAAAAAACCCAGAGAACUAUCAAAAAAAGGAAAAGAAAAAAGAAAGAAAGAAAAAAAAACACUCAGCUUUCAUCCCCGCUAAGGGCAGGGCAGGCCCAGUUCUUU